AUGAAGCUUUUCGAUUUCCUCAGCCCCAAAUCGCCUCCUCUCGGCGACGUCCUGAUCGGCGAGGUCCACUCACCGCUGCCGUUGAUGGACUCUUCUGCCUUGUGCGUGUCUUAUCUGCACGGUCACGAGAAGGAACCCAUUGGUGAUGGUGACUACCUGAGAGGCUCAGGCGAGGCCCACUCGCCGCCAUUGAUGGACUCUUCUUCCUCGUGCGUUUCUUAUCUGUACGAUCAGGAGAAGAAUCAUGAUGAAGGGGCCAGCGAUAUUUCAUCUGCGGCAGUGGUGGUCGCUCGCGACUUCUUCCCCCUCAAGCCUGAUCUGAAGGGUUUCUUGGGCACCAAGGAAGUCAGCGAUCCUGAAAUCAUUCCCGCCCAACCGAAGCGAAAAUCCAUGUCCUCACUCACUGAAGCUGAAACAUCAAUUGUGGAGAAGGAGGCCAAGUACAACAGAACGCACAAGGCAAAGAAAGUGGCCUCAGGAUGUGAUACAGAGGAAGACAGACGCAAUGGAGUUUCUACAGAGUUGGUGCUUCUCUGCGACCCAUAUAAGAUCAAGAAGAAGCUUACCCAGAGUGAUCUCGGAAACCUUUCAAGGCUCUUGAUCGGGCGGGACUUUGCGAAGAGCCACUUGCUCCGAUGGAUGAGCAAGGACACAGUGAGUCAAGUCGAGAGCGACAAGGGGGCCAACGUCAUCGUAUGGGAUGCAGAUACGUGCUCUGAGCUGGGCAUCGUCUAAAUCCUAUGUCCUCAAGGGGGGUUGGAACAAGGAGUUCGUGAAACGUAGAGGUUUGGAGGCUGGCGACGAAGUGGGGAUAUACUGGGAUACCCUUGCUAGCAAGUUCCAUUUCAGCCUUCUUCACAAGGCAAAUUAGAUUUAAUCUUGAAUUAGUAUUGCUCUUGUUCGGUGACC